CUAUCACAUUCUUGAUGCAAUACAUACGUACUUACAAACCAAGAACACACCAAACCACCCAUCGAUCGAACAUGAGACCAUCGUCCCCCGCCGGCUCCAAGCACACCAUCGGCCAGGCGCUGCUAAUGCGAUUCCUGCUUGCCUUUCUACUGGCGGCGACCGGCAGCAAUUUCCUCCCCUCGACCAGAACCGCCUCACCGGUGGUGUGCUGGGCGGCGCCGGACGGUGCCGACGGCAACGCCUCCGAUGCCGCCGCGGGGUCCUCGGCGCUUCCAUCGGAGGUCGCCUCCUGCGAAACAUCGUCGCCGGCCCCCGUGCGGACCUGCCCCGAUCCUCCCGUCCUCAGGGUUUCGUACGUCUCGAGGGGAUCGGUCGAUUGCGGCGGUGCGCUGACGCCCGGACAGGCCGACAUGGCACCCCUGGUCCGGGUGGUGGCGGGCCCCGGCGAAACGGCCAUCGAUCCCGGGGAGCUCUACGCCCUGGUCCUGGUCGACACCACCAUUGGGGCGGACGCCCUUGGUUUCGAUUCCGACCGACCGAUCCUGCACUACGGGGCCGUCAACAUUCCCGGGUCCUCCCUGCUGGCGGGCAUAUCGCUCGAUCGAUCGGACGCCUCGGACGUCUUUGCCUCCUACCGGGGGCCGUCCGGCAUCUCGGUUUCGGUCACGGACCCGCGGUUCGAGGACCCGGCCGGGCCGGGCAGUGAGAGCAACGGCAACGGCCUCUCUGUCUAUGAGUUUUUUCUGGGGGCCCAGGCCGACGGUGCCGAACCCGUAGAGGUUCCGACCGAGCUCGACGGGGUCUCCAUCCUGGGCUUCGACUACGAGGCCUUUUUCGACGAGACGGUGGGGAUCGGAUUCGAGAACGUUACCGUCAGAACGCACUUUGUCGCCGGGAGCUGCGUCCGGGAUCCCGUCGCGACCGUCCGGGAGGACGACGAAGACGAAACGGAAACGGAAACCGUGCCCGGGGGCGACAGCGAGGCUCCUUCCCCGCCACCGGUGUCCCUCGCCACGGGGGGCAACCUUCCACAGGCGGCGACGGCGACGACUGAGGGCGGGCCCACCGCCACCAAAGACCCCGAAUCCCUUCCGACCGCCAGCGCCACGCCGAUCGUUGGCAAGACGGAAACCGAUCCGGUGCCACCGGCAGCUGCAACGUCCGGGGCCACGGGGCACACCCAUGUGGGGACCGUCCUUUCCGCUGCUGCGGGAGUGGUCUGCGUGGCGCUGUCCUGCCUGCCGUGGUAGGCAGGCAGGCAGGUAGAUCGAUCGAUCGACAGCUGCUUUGUUCCCUCUGAGCAUUGGCAGUGCAUAAUUAGCAUAUGGA